CUUCACUUCAUCCUCACACUGUUUCUCUUUCCUCCUCCGUCUGUACCGUUGUCUCUUUCCGGCAAACUUCUUUUUUUCGUCGGAUCAAAAUGGCGUCAAGGAGUUACGUUGCCGGUUUCGCGUUAUUCACAUUUGUUUUCACAGUCGUCUCGUCUCUCGCCGGCGCUCAAUCUCUAGCUCCGGCUCCUGCUCCCACCAGUGAUGGGACAUCGAUAGAUCAAGGGAUUGCGUAUCUGCUAAUGGUGGUGGCGUUGGUGUUGACUUAUCUCAUUCAUCCUCUAGAUGCAUCUUCUUCCUACAGCUUCUUCUGAUUUGUCUCUUCAUUCAGUUUUUUUUUGUGUGGAUAAAAAAAAUCCGGAGUAUGGUUUUAUUAAUUUGCUCAUGAUUUAUGUUUUUUGUCUUGAUUAUGAUUAUGAUGAUGAUGAUUCCUGGAGAUUGAAUCUCUGCAUGUUUUCCAUCAGAUUAUGAUGAUGAUUGAUGAUUCCUUUUCUUUCAUAUUCAAUUUAUUUAUCGUUUACC